AUUGGCUGCUGAGAGCCCCGAGACGGCGGAAGGGUCGUGGAGGCCUUGGUGACGGGAGGCGGGGGGCGCGGGAAAGGACGCCGGGACCACGAGGCGGCAGCGGCGACUUUAGUGAGGCCCGGCCGGCGUGUGGCAGCAGCCAGGGAGCCUGAGGCCGGGGCAUCGUGCGCAGGCGCUACUCGGUUGGGCCGUGAACCGGCCGAGGCCUCGGCUGCAAGGCCUUCCCGAUGCCGGGUGGGGCUCUGCGGAGCAGAGCGGAGGCUGCGCACGGGCCUCGGGCGGGGUAGAAGCCCGGCGGGCCCGCUGCCCCGCGCGCGGUGGAUGGGGCGGCGGCGAUGGACGCCCUAGAGGAAGAGAGCUUCGCGCUGUCCUUCUCUUCCGCCUCUGAUGCAGAAUUUGAUGCUGUGGUUGGAUAUUUAGAAGACAUUAUCAUGGAUGAUGAGUUCCAGUUAUUACAGAGGAAUUUCAUGGACAAGUACUACCAGGAGUUUGAAGACACAGAAGAGAAUAAGCUCACCUACACACCUAUUUUUAAUGAAUAUAUUUCUUUGGUAGAAAAGUAUAUAGAAGAACAGCUGUUGGAGCGGAUUCCUGGAUUUAACAUGGCGGCUUUCACUACAACUUUACAGCACCAUAAAGAUGAAGUGGCUGGUGACAUUUUCGACAUGCUGCUCACGUUUACGGAUUUUCUGGCUUUUAAAGAAAUGUUUCUGGACUAUAGAGCAGAAAAAGAAGGCCGGGGACUGGACUUAAGCAGCGGUUUAGUGGUGACUUCAUUGUGCAAAUCAUCUUCUAUGACAGCUUCCCAGAACAAUCUGCGGCCUUAGGUCCCACCUCCAGGUAAUGGGAUCUUUCUAGACAUCACCAGCCCAAUAGACUGGGAGAGGCUUUGGCUGAUGAUGUCAGAAGAAUACAUCUUGGAAUGACUGACUCUGUUCUGCAACUCUUCGUUAAUGUUAAGUAUUGAUGGGUCAGAAGAAAAUGACCUGACCUUCGUGGGACACGUUCUUGUCUUCAGUAACCCUAGUACUCCUCCCUGAGUAGACACCUCUUUCAGGAGCUUCUGAGUCUGGCUCCUGCACCAAGCCCAAGUCCAGCAUUCCACCUGGGGGGGCACUUCCCCAGCAUACGUGUUGGUGUGUCCAUGUUGGAAGAGCCCACCAUCACCAACUCUCUUGGCCCAGCAGGCCUUGCAUGUCCCACCAGGCUUUCUGUGCACUCACAGCUUUUCAUAUGGGUCAGAGUUUCAGUCCUGCAGCCUCUGGGCUUUUUGACUGGGAGUAUUUAUCUAGGGUUUAACGCAAGCUAGGUGCCCAUCCCGAGAUUUCUGAAACUCCUACUAUCACAGAUAGUCUUGGCUGUAGGAAUCGACUUAGAGAGUUGUCCUUUACCUAAAAAGGUACUUGUGAAAAUCAGUUCCUAGUCUUAUAUGUACAGUCCUUGUAUCACUUCACUGUCUUCUCCUGGUCCUGAUGUAGUCCCAUUGUUUCUAUAACUCGUUUUUAUGUUUUUGAAAACACAUUUUUAUAGAUGAAUACUCAGGCUAACCUAGUGGAUAUAAUCUUGGAACUUCCAUGAUUACCCACUUAAAGAUCAAAGUAUUAUAUUGCUGUGUGCUUUUUAGCUGUUAGUGCUAUGAAAGCAAAAAUGCUUUCUAUGUUGGUGUUCCUAUUUUACUGGGCACCAAUGAAUGUAUGCUGGAAGUAGUCUAAAAGGUUUCCUUUUCUUAGAGCAUGUUAGAGUUUGUGUAGGUUUGCUUAAAACCCUUUCUAUGGGUCUUCCCUGGUGGUGCAGUGGUUGAGAGUCCGCCUGCUGAUGCAGGGGACACGGGUUCGUGCCCUGGUCUGGGAAGAUCCCACAUGCCACGGAGCAGCUGGGCCCGUGAGCCAUGGCCGCUGAGCCUGCGCGUCCGGAGCCUGUGCUCCGCAACCGGAGAGGCCACAACAGUGAGAGAGGCCCGCGUACCGCAAAAAAAAAAAAAAAAAACCUUUCUAUGUAAAACAGCUCCUUAGGUUUUCUGUUGGGGUGGGGGCUCUGCACUUCCUUCUUGCUGUCAAAAUAAUCCCACCAAGAUCGUGUUCCACUGGGCUAGCUCAGUAGGAGAUAGCAAACAGCUUUACUGGUCAUCUGUCUGCUUGGAUUUAGUACACUGGUUUAGUACAAUGUUUGAUAGAACAUUACUGACCAGAAAACAUGUAUGUCACCUCUCUAGAAAGAAAAACUAUAGUAGUUCAAUUCCCAAUGUGUACCUUAGUUGUUUUUUUGUUGUUGUUUUUAUUUUUAAAGUAAAAAUAAGAAUCUCUACUGACUUUUCACUUGGCUGUUCUGGUUUUAAAAGAUGAGCUAGCUGUAGGCUGUGCGUUUUUUUGUACCAACGUGGCGCUUAUUAAAUACUUUCGUACCAUGAGUAAAA